GAGGACAAUAAUAGAUAGCAGUAGUCGCACUAGUAUUAGAUAGCACCAGCGAGAGCUAGGCAGCCAGAUCCAUUUGCCUAAACUCUCGCAGCGAACAAACCACUAGCUAGCUACUUGGUGAGUGAGGUUAGUCUGUAGCGAGAUGGCAGAAAUCGUGAGCGCGACCAGCGGGGUGAUGAACCCGCUCCUGGGCAAGCUCACCGCGCUGCUCGGGGAGGAAUACAAGAAGCUCACAGGCGUGAGGAAGCAGGCCUCGUUCCUCAAGGAUGAGCUCAGCGCCAUGAAAGCUCUCCUCGACAAGCUCGAGCUCAUGGACGAACCUGAUCCCUUGGCCAAGGACUGGAGGGACCAUGUCAGGGAGAUGUCCUAUGACAUGGAGAACUGCAUCGAUGACUUCAUUCAUGACCUUGGCGUUGGCGGUGCCGAUGCCAAGGUGGGCUUCGUCCGGAAGACGGCGCAACGUCUCAGGAGGCUGGGGAGGCGUCAUAAGAUCGCUGACCGGAUCGAGGAGCUCAAGGUUCUUGCACUCGAGGUGAACGAACGGCGACUGAGGUACAAGGUUGAUGAUUAUAUCAACUCUGCCUCCGGCGCCGUUCCUGUCGAUCCCCGGAUCUCGGCGAUAUACAAAGAGGCGGCGGGUCUUGUGGGUAUUGAUGGCCCAAGGGAAGAAAUUGUCAACUGGUUGACUGCUAGUGUGAGAAAGCUUAACGUGGUGUCCAUUGUCGGAUUCGGGGGCCUAGGUAAAACCACACUUGCGAAGCAAGUGUACGAUGAGAUCCGAGGCAAGUUUGAAUGCAUGGCAUUUGUCUCAGUUUCUCAAAGGCCUGACAUGACAAGCCUUCUCAGUGGCCUACAGUUGAAGCUUAGGGUGGACGAGUCCCGUCGCGCUCACGAGGUGACAGACAUUAUCGACCGGCUUAGAGAACAUCUCAAGAAUAAAAGGUACCUUAUUGUAGUUGACGACUUGUGGGAUCAAUCUGCAUGGGAUACUAUUAGAUGUGUCUUUCCAGAAGGUGAUAAUGGGGGAACAGUAAUAGUUACCACGCGAUUGGAUGAUGUGGCUUGUGCGGCAUGCCAUGAUCAUCAUGGAUACAUUUAUAGAAUGAAGCCACUUGCCAAGGAAGACUCGAAGAGGUUAUUCUUCAGUAGAGUAUUCAGGUCUGAAGAUGGCUGUCCACCUCAAUUUCAAGAAGUUUCAACUCAGAUUUUGAAGAAGUGUGGUGGAUUGCCACUUGCAAUUAUCACCAUAGCAAGCUUAUUAGCUAGUCGCCAAGCAAGAUCAAGGAGUGACUGGGAAAGUAUAAAGGAUUCUCUGGGGACCAAUUUGGCUGCAUAUCCCACCUUGGAAGGGAUGAAAAAUAUAUUAAACCUUAGCUACAUUAAUCUUCCUCUUCGUCUCCGGGCAUGUUUUCUGUAUCUCGGUAUGUAUCCUGAGGACCGCGAGAUCAGGAGGGAUGAUCUGACACGACAAUGGGUAGCCGAAGGCUUUGUCAGUGGUCCUCAUGGGGCAGAUUUGGAGGAAGUUGCCAAAAGUUAUUUCAAUGAGCUUAUCAACAGAAGCAUGAUUCAGCCUGGUAAAGAAAACAUGUACGGAGAGGUGGAUUAUUGCAGAGUGCACGAUCUGAUGCUUGAUUUGAUUUUAAGCAAGUGUACCGAGAACAACUUUCUGAGUGCAGCACACGGCUAUGAAGAGAUGGAAAGAAUGCAUGGGUGCAACUACAAGAUUCGUCGAUUAUCCCUGAGCUUGAGCGCAGGUGGCGCGGCAACACCAGGUUUGACCGCACCUGCUACUAGCCUGUCACAGGUUCGAUCAUUUGCAAGGUUUGGAGAUUCCAAGUACACACCUCCUCUUUGUCUGUUUGAGUAUCUCCGGGUGCUAGUCUUUGAGUUUUCAGGAUAUUUGGACAUGACAAUCGACCUCAGUGCUAUCGGGCACUUGUUUCUGCUGAGGUAUUUGAAGGUUUCAGCGGAAUCGGCGAGUAUAAAUCUCCCUGUUGAAGUUAAAGGGCUUGUUCAUCUGGAGACUCUGGAGAUGUCCUGCUUGUCAGCGCAAAGCUUACCGUCAGAUGUGGUUUGCUUGCCCAAUUUGUUCCGUCUGAUCCUUCGGUGUGAUAAUGGGCUGCCUCAAGGGAUCCGGAACAUGAAAUCCAUCCGCACCCUGCAUUGUUUUGGCAUGUGGAAGAGCUCGGUGGAGGAUAUCAAGGGACUGGGCGAGCUGACCACUCUGAGGGACUUGCAGCUGGAGUCGCGGUACGGAGGCGGUUUAACGGAGGAUGGCGUGGAUGCUUUGGUCUCCUCCGUUGGAAAGCUCCGUGGCCUCAAGCGCCUCUCUCUCGAUUGCCAGCGUGCACGCUAUGACCACCGGCUGGAGUCAUUACCGGAUCAUCCUCUUCCCCGCAUCGAGGUACUGGAUCUGAGAUGGUGGCGGUUGGUAAGAGUGCCCCAAUGGAUCGGUGGUCUCCGCUGCCUCCAGGUCCUCUAUCUAUCCAUUGCUCAAUUCUCGUCGGAGAACGUUCGUGUUCCUGGAAUGCUGCCCUCGCUCGUCGAUGCCACCUUCGAAGUGGUGGAUAUCCCUCAGGACAAGGUGGUGGUGGGCACGGGACUAUUCCCGGCUCUGGAGCGCGUGGAUUUCUGCGCUCGUGAAGAAGAUGCCACGGCAUACCUAGGCUUCGAGGCAGGAGCCAUGCCCAAGCUACGGACGCUCUGGUUCGAGUUCGGGCUGCGGGAGUGGGGCGGGGUGACGCCGGGCGGCAUGCACAACCUGUUAGCCCUCGAGCAGAUCUACGUCCGUCUCUGGCACAUGGGCAACGUGACACCUGAGCAACCGGAACAAGUGCUCAGAGACUUCGAGUCCGCGUUCGACGACGUCUCGCGGGCGCACCCAGCACGUCCUGCCGUUUCUGUCACAUGGUUGUAGUUACCAGCUUGUUUCUGAUUUGCAAGUACGGUGGGUGAUAGUGAUUUGUUUUUCCUUGCCUUGGCUUGUUAAGUUUCUAAUUUGUACUGCUAGCUUGUUUCCGAUUUGUAUACUAUCACCAAAAUAUGUGUGUUGAUUGCAACCCUGGUGAGUUCCAAUUCUAUCGGCCAAAACAAAAAA